CUUCUCCAAACCUUUAAACCGGAAGUAGGAUUCUGUAGUUUCAUUUUCUAGUGUCAGCCUUUCACCAUAGGCCUUAGAAGAUGUAGUUUUGAUUGUUGGCAUAUGCACUUCUUAAAAAUGGCUUUUAUUGAGCAUGAUAUAGCUGACCAAGAAAGGUUUAAUUUACUAUUACUAGAACCAGGAGAAAUAUAUUUUGAAGAUUACAGCGUGACAUAUUUCCCCAAAGGCGUAUUGAAAAAAGACCAGGAGAGGAAGUCACAGAAGGGACAUCUUAAAAUUUGUUCAAAAUCAAUUGUCUUUGUUCCUAAAGCCCUCCAGCUUCCAAUACUUAAGCUUCCUUUGAAAAAUGUUACUUCAAUUGAAGAAUGGUCUGGAGAUUUGUUUUCGAGAGUAGAUAAGGAUAAAGUUAUGAAAAUCACUUCCAGUGUAGCUGUGAAAAUGAAGGAAAACAACAUCAUUGGUCCUUAUUCAUUUGUCAAGGAAGCAUCAGAUUACACCUUCCAGCUUGAUUAUGUCUCCGUGGACGACUGUUUGCCUCAGAUGUGUCAGCUUCACAGGGCCUCCACAUUACCCCCAGGGGAGCAAACUGCCAUGAUUAAUGCCAUAGUGCUCUCCAGACAAUCAAGAUGCAAGUUUAAUACCAGCUGGUUGGAAGAUCUUUAUGAGAAAAUUCAGUUUGAAACACAAGGUGACCGAAUUCUUCCCCUUGUCACAAACCCCGGCAGAAUCAUGCUUACCUGCAAAAGAUUGUAUUUCCAGCCUUUCAACAAUAUAGAAAAGGUUCCUGUUAUAAAGAUAAGGUUAAAAGAUAUUUCCAGAGUCAUUGAGAGAAGAUUUCUUCUGCGUAAAAUUGGAAUAGAAAUCUUCUGUAAAGAAGGAGCACCUUACUCUCACAUAUAUCUGAGUCUGCCAACAGCGGAGGAAAGAAAAAAACUAAUGGAGACAAUUCUGAACCAAAAAGAGCUUCAGCUUGAGGAUUCAUCACAUGAUGACGUGAUGAUCAAAUGGCAAAGUAAAAACAUGUCCAAUUAUGAUUACCUGAUGUACCUCAACAGCCAAGCAGACAGAAGUUUCUGUGAUCUAACUCAGUACCCUGUCAUGCCAUGGAUCAUUACUGAUUUCACCUCACCAGCAAUUGACUUGGGCGAUGAGAAAAUCUACAGAGACCUGAAAAAGCCUAUAGGGGCUCUGAAUGAGGAACGGAUCCAGAAAAUGAGGGAGAGGUAUCGCGAAAUGCCAGAUCCCAAAUUCCUGUAUGGGUCGCACUAUUCCACUCCUGGCUAUGUCUUGUUCUACUUGGCAAGGAUAGCUCCAGAGUAUGUGCUUUGUUUACAAAAUGGAAAAUUUGACAAACCUGACAGAAUGUUUAAUAGUUUGGAUGACACCUGGGGUAAUUGCCUAGAGGGGGCAGCUGACUUUAAGGAAUUGAUUCCAGAAUUUUUUGAUGGGAAUGGAGAAUUUCUUCUGAACAAGGGGGUCAGUAACUUUGGUAUCAGACAAGAUGGCAGACAGAUUGGUGAUGUUGAACUUCCACCGUGGGCAGAAGAUCACUGUGAUUUUAUCGCCAAAAUGAGAGGUGCUUUGGAGAGUGAUUAUGCGUCUCAGAACCUACACAACUGGAUAGAUCUUAUAUUUGGAUACAAACAGAGAGGAGAGGAGGCAGAAAAAUCUGAUAAUGUGUUCUACUACAUGACAUAUGAAGGAGAAGUGGAUUUGGAAAAAAUUGAGGACCCAAAUGAACGAGCAAGAAUAGAGAUCCAAAUAAUGGAAUUUGGUCAGACCCCAAAACAGCUGUUUACAAAACCACACCCUCCUCGAUUUACAGAAGAUGGCCUCAGACAUCACAGUUUUACAACAUUAUCCUCUAGUUCACAAGAGAAUGAAGAACCGGCCAUGAAGGAGACUGAAUCUAGCGAAUCAGCUGAAUCUAGGGCUGCUUAUUCUGCCCCUAGUUGUCUUUCAUUGGAUGAAAUCGCAGCUCUUCAUGUAACACAUAAGCACUCCUUACAUAAAAGCUGCGUAACAGGUUUGCAACUGACUGAGGAUGGAUGCAACGUAUUCUCCGUUUCCCAAGACACCAUGCUGAAAAUGUAUUCUUUGGAGGAGCAGAGACAGCUGAGGAGUUUUAAUGUGUCAAAUAUGGCAUUAUCUUCUUGUCUAGUGAUGCCAGAUAACAAAACAAUUGUUGUUGGAUCUUGGGAUAACUUUGUAUAUUUCUACAGUAUAGAAUUUGGACGUAUUUUGGACACUCUAAAAGCACAUGAUGAUGCAGUUUCUUCUGUCAUUUGGAAGAAAAAGAUUCUUUUGACCGCAUCAUGGGACUCAACUGCAAAGGUAUGGCAGUUUACUCCCCCAAGUGAACCACACAAUUUCGAUCCAGCUGUUUUCAUAGGACAGCUAGAUCAUGAAUCUGGUGUUUCUUGCCAAGAUGUGGAUGAAACUGGAUCUCUUCUUGUGUCAGGAACGAAAGAAGGGCAGGUCAUCAUUUGGGACAUCAACUCCCUUUACCCUAUUGCAGAGAUGAAAAUCCAUGAUGGCACUGUCAAUGCUGUUGCAUUUAGUUUUGACGGUAGAAGGCUAAUCUCAUGUGGAGCAGAUUCAUUACUGAAGAUCAUUGAUGUUGACACUCAGACAGAAGUCUUUGUUAAAAAUGUAGGACACCAGAUUCUGUGCUUGGGGUGGUGUGAAAGUGUGGUGCUUUGUGGAACAGAAAAUGGUGACCUAGAAAUGUGGGACGUGAACAAAGCCAGUGUGGUGUCCACGGUGAAGGGUCAUGAUGAACCUGUGACCUGCAUUGAUGUCAGAACAAAAUGUGUAUUGACUGGAGACAAAGGAGGGGGCAUCUGUGUGUGGAAACCAACGUGACAAGAUGCCACACUGAAUUUGUGUUCCAUUAUAGUGCUAAAAGUUUACAAACAUGAGUUUGAUGGGCAAAAAAAAUCAUAAUUAUGUCAAAAACAAUCACCAUGUGAUUUAAUUGACUGUUGUUAAUCAAUGCUUGACCAAAGAUUUGAUGUAUCAAACAUUGUGUGCACAGUGAAGACUGGCAUCAUAGCAUCCAUUGAAAACCCUAUCUAAAAAACUAGAGUCACAGAACUGGAUACGACGUUGCUGUUUUCGUUUAUUUUGUACAUCUAGUCUCUGUCUAUGUAACUUCAUGUCACAGAUGUAGGGAUAUUGUAUUUGUUAAUAAAAUUAGUAUUUUCAAAUUAUAAA